UGGCAGCCAGCUGAUCACUGCUCUGGCAUUCAGAGUCGAAGCGGAGGAUGGAGAGAGAGAGGCUGAGAGAAAACAGAGAGAAGCAGAGGGAGAAGAGGCUACUGAUGCUACAGUAAUCUGUAAUCUAACAGAGAGUAAGAAACCAACAGCGUCAUCUCAGAUCUAUCAGCCUCUUGUCACGGUUUGUUCCGGGAUCAACAAUGCAGAAGAGCAGUCUGGGAAACGAAAGCAAGAGGAGGAAGUGAAGAGAGAAACAAGAGAUGCCAUAAAAUCAACAUCCUUCCAAAAAGAGAGAGAGAGAACACACGGAUAAGCUCCAAGACAGAGAGAGAGAAAGAGAGAGAGAGAUACAAGUAAACAGACUGUGGUGAGUCACUCCUCCUCUCUUCUCCUCUCCUCUGGUGUGUUGUUGCUGAUUCACAGAGGAGCAGCAGAACUAAGAGAGGAGUCCAAUCCAGAGCCAGAGGAGGAGAACCAGACUGUGAGGGAGUAACAGAACCGACAGUGGAACUGUAGAACACGUGAGGGACCAGACCACUACAACCAGGAGUAUCAUCAAACCCAGUGGGGUGGAACCGGACCCAGAGGGUUGUAUACUGUAUAGAGGAGCUGGUGCGUCUCUGUAGAGAUGUCCUGGGGGUCUUUGCUGUCUCCGGUCCAGUGGGCUAAAUGGACUUGGUCAGCUGUACGGGGGGGAGGGGAGGAUGAGGGGGAGGAGGGAGCCCCCGGAACCAAUGAUGAAGGGGAAAAUUCGGACUCAGAAGGGAACUUUGAGACCCCAGAGGCGGAGUCUCCUGGCCUGCUGAAUGACCUGACCCAGCUGGAUAACUCUGCCCACACAGUCCUCACCAGAGAUGUCGGACAGCUGACGCCCCACCUCUUCCUGGACAGAAACUCCAAUCAGGAUGUUUAUCCCGCCUCCCUUCAGGAAGUCCAGGAUGCCCUAAACAACCUCAAUAGCUCUUCCCCUUCUCUGAGUGGAGCAGGUUUGGACCAGAACCUGAACUUGAGGUUGACCUCCAGACCUGGAGAAGAAGAAGGUCUCUCCCCGUCCCCUCUGCCCCAGCCCCGCACCCUACGCCCUCCCUCGCUCGCCGUCCACAACUGCCCUGACCCCGCCGAGGUUGAUGACCUUGCUCCUAUGACCUCUGACCCCAACGGCAACAUGAACUCUGACCCCAACAGCCUGACCCCUGAACUGGACAGACCGGACUCAGACAGACAGUCACCUAGGAUGAGCACGGGCAUCACGACUGCUGACCAGGUCCGUUUACUAUGUAUGAUGCUGAACUCCUGUAAAGUGAAGAAGCUGGACAACCAGACUCUGUUACAGAAUGCCAGCGGAAAGGACGACGACCAUCGCAAAGGUCACGCUACAGAUGAGGAGAAGCUAGCCAGCACGACAGGAAUCAGAGCAGAUAGAGACCACAACGGGCAAGAGCUGAAUGUGUCAGCCAGACCAGAGGAGUCAGACUGCUGUUCUAUGUAUGAGGACCCCUGCCAGCUGAAGAACGCCAAGCUGGGAGGAAGUAACAUGCAGAAGAAGACAGGAAGUGAGGUUCUAGACCCCAUUUGCAUCAGCGAGGAAGAGAAAACGGCUGUUCUCACCCUUAUCAGAGAGGAGAUCAUCACUAAGGAGACGGAGGCCAGUGACUGGAGGAGAAAGUAUGAGGACAGCAGACAGGAAGUCAUGGAGAUGAGGAAGAUUGUGGCAGAGUAUGAGAAGACCAUCGCCCAGAUGAUUGAGGACGAACAGCGCAACACCAUGAGCUCCCAGAAGUCUUUGCAGGCUGUAACCAUGGAGAAGGAGUUGGCGCUUGCAGACCUGAGCUCAGUAGAACGCUCGCUGUCCGAUAUGUUCCGCCGCUACGAGAACAUGAAGAGCACCCUGGACGGCUUUAAGAAGAAUGAGGAGGUGUUGAAGAAGUGUGCUCAGGAGUAUCUGGCCAGAGUCAAGCAGGAGGAGCAGAGAUACCAGACGCUCAAACUCCACGCUGAGGAGAAACUAGACAAGGCUAAUCAGGACAUAGCCCAGGUACGCAGCAAGGCCAGCUCUGAGAGUGUUGCUCUGACCGCCAGCCUGAGGAAGGAGCAGAUGAGGGUGGAGUCUCUGGAGAGAGCCCUGCAGCAGAAGGCUGAGGAAAUCGAGGAGCUCACCAAGAUCUGUGACGAGCUCAUCGCCAAGAUGGGCAGAACAGACUGAGACAGAUUCCAUAUGUCCAAAUCCUUCAAUCUUGACCCGCCAAGACAACCCUGCCUACAACCUAUGGCAUACCCUGCCCUGUGCAUGUGUCCAGCCAAUGAACAGUUCAGUUUUCCCUUGGGGCGCCUGCCCCUAAUGCUGCUGUACAGGUCAAAUGUCAUAUGAUAACCCAUUUCUCUUGGUCAAAAGUAGUGCACUAUAUGGAGAGUAGGGUGUCAUUUGAGCCAGAGCCUAUGUUACAUGUGGACUGUUUUUGUUUUGGUCGUUUUCGCCACGCAAGACCAAAUCCCUUACUCCCUCCAUCCGUCUGUCUUUCUGUCCUGUAACACUAAUAUAAUGUGCUGUCUUGGCGUUGCAUAGAUUUGUGCUUAUUUACCUGAUGGUAACAUUUUGUAGAGCAUUUAUUCAUAGAUUAUAUACAUAAACCCCAAAACAAAAAACACCCUUGCUGAGAUGUACUGUACAUAGGGUAUUUAUUCUGAACACUAGGAGACUAGGGCAGGACCAGGUAGACAAUCUAGGCUCUAGGACAGUCAGGGAUUAGAGAUCAGGGGUGAGAUGUGUUUAACCCUUCUGUAUGACUGCACUAUUAUAAGGAGGGGGGAUAUGGGCGUAGGGUCAGGGUUAGGAUGCACUGCUAUUGAUAGGGGUCAUGUGGGGGGUUGUCCUGGGAAAUAUAAAGCAUUUCUCCUGUCUGUAUAUGAGGCCUUGUGUUAGCAGAGGAAGAGGAGCUGUAGGUCUACUGUAUAUUCUGCUCUGUGCGGUCUUGGACAGGUUUAGAUAACCUCCAGCACAACAGCACAGGGGAGGGUUUCCCACUGUCCUAAACUCCACCUGGUUAGUGUUUGUCUCAGGCCAGUGUGUUGGACCAGAGAGUAGUAUACUCAGUUACUGGAAAUCUGGAAAUGGUGAAUUUAAUACAAAGACUAUAUAUUUUGUAUAUGUACAAACAAAUACUGUAAACUGGAAGAGUGUUUUAAUGACUGGCUGUUAUUAUUGGUUGUUCAGAAUAAAAAAUGCUCAGAAUAUCCUGCUCAUGUUCCCCUUUAGCCACUGACAUGCACAGCACCUGUAGUGUCCAGGUGUGAAAUGUUAUGACAUGGAGGUAGAGAGAACUGUUCCAGGAUAAUGUGAGCUCCCAUGGACCCUGUUCAAAAGUAGUGCACUAUAUAGGGAAUAGGGUGCCAUUUGGGACGAAACUACUGUGUUUUACUGCAGCACCUAUUUAGUGGCAUAGAAAGAUAACGUUUAUCUUAUUCACUGCUUAACUGUUCUCAGCUGAACUGGUUCUGUUAAAUACUCUUCUUCCCCCAGUGGAGAGCGUCACACCGCCUCACGGUACUAGUUCCCUCUCUGCCAUUCUACUCUGUGAAUGCCAUAGUUAAA